ACCUCUUUCAUGUGUUAAAAGGUUCAAGAUGGCCGAAUGCUUCAAGACGAUGUUCCAAGGACAAAUGAAGCUACUUGAUCUUGGACUUAUCAACCAGGCUCAGGAGGUUUGUGAUAUGGUGAAUAGAAGAGAAGAGUCAGAAGACAAGAAAAGUGGAAAGAUGAACCAGGAUGAGGAAUCUUCCCUGGAUAUUAAACUGAAGGAUUAUAUUGAAGAAGAACUUCGUAAACACGAGGUUAAGCACAAGAUGAAGUUAGGACUGUUCAAAGGAGAAGUCGGGAAUAGGACAGUCGAAACUUUAAGGAAAGAGUAUGUGAAGAAGAUGUGGGAGAGAGGAAAGGAUCCAACAUGUGGCAGGUGUGGUGCAACGACGCGCAAGAUCCUGCGUCAGAAAACCGGAUUCGUCUACGAAGGACUAAAGCGGGACGAGUACAUGGAGAACGUUGACGAAUUUGACGAGUUCCGUACGCAAUCCAAGCGUCAGUCCCGGGGGGAGCAGAGGGCGGAGAGGAUUGAGAUUAAUCCUCAGGAACUACUAGAUCAUUUUAGGGUUCUCUAUUUACACGAUAAAGAAAUGCUAGAUAACCUGUUCCCUGUAUUCACUCAGACAAAGUUAAAGACGCCUACAGAUCUUCUUUUUAUCCAGGUUUUUAUCAAUCUUUUUCUUGCUUAA